UUAUAGCACAGCUACUAGCUACUAGCAAAAAUUCUAUUUAUGUUAAAUUUAAGGUAAAUAUUAAUGCAUCACUACUCAGCUUUUGCUUAUUAAUUAUAUAACUAUUUGUGUUUGAUUCCAAAGGCAAUAAAUCUUGGCAAUAAUAGCUUCCAAAUGUCAGCUGUCAACAACGCCAUCUUUGUCUGUCAAGAUUGUCAAUGUCAACACUCAACAAUGUCAAACUAAAAUUUGGCUUCGUGUCGUCAAUAAACCAUUCCUGCCUGUUUUUCGGUUUUUAGUUUAUUCCUCUGUAAAUCGACAUAAUGUCGUUAAGUCUUCUUUUAGAGAAAUACGAUGUUUCUAGUGAAGAAGGUUUAAAAAAAGCGCUUCAUGAAAUCGAACAGGAAGAAACGGAGGUAGAUGAAGCACUUUCCAAUGUCUUAUCAAAGGCGUGCUCGUUGGAAGGGCGGCUGCGGACCGCAAGCCAAGCGUAUGCUAAGCUUGGUGAGGUGAAAGCAGAUACACAGAUUGCGGCAGAUAUGGUAGACAAGACGGCAAUGUUGGCUAGAGACGUCAGCGCAAAAGUACGUCAGCUGGACUUAGCUAGGUCCCGAGUCGCAGAGUGUCAGCGGCGUGUCAAUGACCUCAUAGAUCUGCAAGUGUGCAGUGCAGGAGUUGAGGCGGCCAUUAAAGCACAUGAUUAUGAAACAGGCGCGGCACACGUGGCUCGCUUCCUGAGCAUGGACCCCGGGUCGGUGGCGGCGGCGCGCGCGCGCGGCGAGCUCGACCCGCGCGCCGCCAUGGCCGCCGCGCAGGCCACGCUGCGCGACCAGCUUGUACGCAAGUUUGAAGAAGCGGCGCGCAAGGAUGAUGAAGCGGCUGUGGAGCGGCUCUUUAAGUUGUUCCCGCAGAUCGGCCGAGCUGACGAGGGCGUUGACCUUCUAGCCAAAUAUCUCGCUAAUAAGACGGAGUCCGCAAUCCGUCGUGCUUGCGCCGUAUCGGACCCGACGUCCGACGCGGCAGUGUUCGCGGACGCAUUUACGCGAUUACUGGAAGCAGGAGGGCGCAGCGUGGAGCGCGCGCGCUUACUUGCAGCUUCACGUGCUCCCGGGCGGCUGCCGCGAGCGCUGGCAACAAUACAACCAGUGGUAAUACGGUUGUUUCCAAUUUAUCGAAACGCUUGUAUUACGUUCUAUAUUAACUAAAAUUCAACUUUUAUACUAAAAACGGCUUUAAAUAUGUUAAUUUAACAAAAUAUAUUUUGACAGAUGCUUUCGCGCCCAAAACGCUCUUUGAAAAUUGUGUGACGUCACAGUUUACGGUUUGACACAUAACU